UCAUUUCAUUGCAAAGAAAAAGAAAAACACAAAAGAGAGGAGAGACAUGUUUUACAGACAGAAGAGAACAGCUGAUAGAUGAUAACAACAACAACAACUGCGUGGUAAGAACACAACACAAAACAACGUUGUUGUUGUUAUUGUCUUAUAAUAUUGCUAGAUCAAUUUUACUUCUUCUAACACACCGAACCCAAACACCUUCUGGGUCGGGUUCGGGGUUGUCGGAUCCGAUUCUCUGCUUCAAUCGUUGUUGUUCUGGUGCUGCUGGCUGCUUCUCCUUCUCCUUCUCCUUUUAUGGUUCUGUUUUGUUGUUUGCUCUCAACAAAUCAUCACUUUUUAGGUGUUCCGAAAGGGAGGUGUGAAUGGCUGGGAUUGAUGAAAAUGUUGGGGUCCCCGGGGAUUGGAGUGGUCCUAGCCCGAGUCCCAGAACCUUUUUCUCUGUAAUGUUAGGGGAGGAUAAUGUAGCAAGAUCAAUGUCAGACCCUCCUCCAGGUGGUGAUGGAGCACAAGAUGGUGAUCAGAAGUUGGUGUCACGGGGUGGUCUUGUUGAGAGGAUGGCAGCUAGAGCAGGGUUCAAUGCACCCAGGUUGAACACUGACACCAUUAGAUCUACUGACCUUUCACUCAAUUCUGAUGUUCCUUCUCCAUACUUGACCAUACCACCUGGUCUCAGUCCUACCACACUUUUAGAUUCUCCGGUCUUCCUUACAAAUUCACUGGCACAGCCAUCUCCAACAACGGGAAAGUUUCCGUUCAUCUCAAACGGCAACAUAUCAUCCGAUGCUCCUGAAAGAUGCAAAGAUAACAGCUUUGAUGAUAUUUAUGCAUCAUCCUUUGCAUUCAAGCCUACAACAGAUUUAGGCUCCUCUUUUUAUCAAGGCGCUGCCAGAAAAAUGAAUCCUACUACAAUAGCUCAACAAUCUCUUCCUAGUGUUGAGGUCCCUGUUCAGUCGGAACAUUCUUUUCAAUCGCGAAGUGCUAAUGUAGUAAAAUCUCAAACUCAAAAUAAAAAUGGCCUCCAUCUUCAGCCAGACUUUAUUGAGUCAUCUCCUCAACAGGAUACUGUCGGUGUUAGCGUUGAGCAUUCGCCACAACUUGAAGAGCAAGCAGAUGAAGAGGGAGAGCCAAGAGGGAAUGGUGACUCAAUGGCUGCUGGUUUUGGUGGUGCACCAUCUGAAGAUGGAUAUAAUUGGAGAAAAUAUGGCCAGAAGCAAGUUAAGGGUAGCGAGUACCCACGAAGUUACUACAAGUGUACACAUCCAAAUUGUCCUGUGAAAAAGAAAGUAGAACGAUCUCAUGAAGGCCACAUAACAGAGAUCAUCUAUAAGGGAGCACACAAUCAUCCUAAACCUCCUCCGAAUCGCCGCUCAGGAAUAGCUUCAGCCAACCCUCCAAGUGACAUGCAAAUGGACAAUCCGGAGCAUGUUGAACGACAAAGUGGCAGCGAUGGAGAGCUGGGCUGGGCUAAUUUACAUAAGGGGAAUGUAGCUGGAGCUGCUAAUUGGAAGAAUGACAACCUUGAAGUGACAUCAUCAGCAUCUGUUGCCCCCGAGUAUUGUAACCAGUCCACCAAUUCACAGGCUCAAAAUGGUACUCAGUUUGACUCGGGAGAUGCGGUGGAUGCAUCUUCUACUUUUUCUAAUGAAGAUGAUGAUGAUGAUCGAGGUACUCAUGGUAGUGUAUCAUUAGGUUAUGAUGGAGAAGGAGAUGAAUCAGAGUCUAAAAGAAGGAAACUGGAAUCAUAUGCAACAGAGUUGAGUGGAGCUACUAGAGCUAUUCGCGAACCUAGAGUUGUUGUACAAACUACCAGCGAAGUAGACAUACUUGACGAUGGUUAUCGGUGGAGGAAAUAUGGGCAGAAGGUUGUCAAAGGAAAUCCCAACCCGAGGAGUUACUACAAGUGCACCAAUGCAGGCUGCACUGUGAGGAAACACGUUGAGAGAGCAUCACAUGACCUUAAAUCUGUAAUCACCACAUAUGAGGGCAAGCACAACCAUGAUGUUCCUGCCGCACGCUCUAGCAGUCAUGUCAAUGCUAACGCUUCUGGCAGUGUUCCCGGGCAAGCACCUGGCGUUCUGCAACCCCAUGUUCACAGACCUGAACCAACUCAAGUUCCCGGUGGCAUUGGAAGGCUUGAGAGGCCUCCUGCCCUCGGUGCAUUCAGCCUACCGGGGAGGCAGCAGCUAGGACCUCCACAUGGCUUCUCCUUUGGAAUGAAUCAACCUCUUCUACCGAACUUGGCGAUGCCUGGAUUCGGCCCCGGGCAAGCAAAGCUCCCUGUGAUGCCGGUUCAUCCAUUCUUGGCAACGCAACAACAACGUCCUCCUAAUGAGAUGGGGUUCAUGUUACCCAAGGGUGAACCAAAUGUGGAGCCUAUUCCUGAGCGUCAUAACCUGCCCAGUGGCUCAUACCAAGAUCUCAUGAGUCGCAUGCCCCUUGGACCUCACAUGUGAAAUUUCAUUCCUUUAUUCUUUCUUUAAAGGAAACCCCAAUGUUUUACAUUCACAAAUAUAUAUACAUACAUACAUAUAUAUGCAUAUGUAAUGCGCAGGCAUACAUUUACAUAGGUGAACUUUUUCAUCAGUUAUUCUUAUUCAGUCUCUUGUGUAAUGUGCUGACAUUCUUCAUGAUAUGUCAAAAGGUAUAUGUAGUUUAUUC